AAAUACACCAUCAUGGGGAAGAUAUGCCUUGCAGUAGUCUUUCUGCUUUGUUCAGUGCUAGCCAUACAAGGAGAUGAAUUUGGUGGUACAAGUAGCAGAUCCGACGCUUUUGGCAAGGCCAAGUCGGGUCUGUUCGGAAGCAAAAGUGACUUUGGAGCUACUGGAACCAGUCGCGGCUCUGGGAGUGGAAUGGGAGCCGCUUUACGUGGUUCUGGGGGUCUUGGUGGACUAGGAGGAGGCUCGCAAGGAGGUUCUAGCGGAGGAAGUGGUGGUUCCUCAGGGGGCCAAGGUGGUCAAGGUUCCAGUGGUGGCAACUCUGGUGGUUAUGGUUCCAGUGGUGGCAGCUCUGGUGGUUAUGGUGGUAACUCCGGCGGAUCCGGAGGGAGUUCAGGAGGUUCUGGUGGUGGUUCAGGAAGAGGCUCGCAAGGAGGUUCUAGCGGAGGAAGUAGUGGUUCCUCUGGUGGCCAAGGUGGUCAAGGCUCCAGUGGUGGCAGCUCUGUUAGUAAUGGCGGUAACUCAGGAGGAUCCGGUGGUAGCCAAGGUACCGCAGGGAGAUCUGGAGGAAACCAAGGAUCGGGUGCAAGUGGUGGUAGUUCUGGUGGAUACGGGGGUAGUUCAGGAGGCAAUGGUGGGAGCUCAGGGUCCAGUGGAAACCAAGGUGGAAGCCAAGGCUCAGCCAGUGGUGGGAGUUCUAAAUUCGGUGGAAACCAAGGCUCAAGUGGCAAUGGGGGUAGCUCAGGGGGAUAUGGUGGAAGCCAAGGCUCAGGUGGCAGUGGGGGUAGCUCGGGAGGAUAUGGGGGUAGCCAGGGCUCGGGUGGAAGUGGAGGUGGUUCAGGAGGUUUCGGAGGCUGCAGCGGUGGUGGCUCCAGAGGCAGCCAGGCAGGUUCCUCAGGAAGUCUUGGAGGCUCCAGUGGUGGUGGCUCAGGCGGUUCCUCGGGAGGUUCCGGAGGUUCCAGUGGCGGUGGCUAUGGAGACAGCCAGGGAGGUUACGGUGGAAACCAGGGAGGUUCAGGUGGAAGUAGUAGUUCCGGAUCAGGAAACUACGGCAACCUCGGAGGCUCAGGUAGCGGGGUUAAUCACAAAUUAGGAAAGUGA